AUGGCAAGGUGGUGCAUUGUGCUGGUUCUUGCUCUAGUUGUAGCUCACACUACCUUAAAAGUGGCUUCCAAGAGGAAACCAAAUCUUUUGACAAGGUUUACUGGCAUCUUCAUAAAAGGAGUUAAUCUUCAUCAGAUUGGCUCAGACAUUGAGAAAAUUACAACCAAAAUUUCACAGUUGAGUUCGAUUUUGCCAAGUUUAAACCUACACCAAACUAGGGAGAGUGGAGGUGACACUUUUUUCCAGAGGCAACAGGAACGGAGGAUAGCUUAUCCUCAUAUUGUCGACCCUCAUGUGGUUGGGUUAGCCCGUGGAACAGAGAUAUUGGCUACGCAUUUGAUCAAAGAAAAAGGCCCCCGAGUUGUUUCUAUUUGGGGGAUGCCCGGCUUGGGUAAAACCACUUUAGCAAAACAAGUUUAUAAUCAUGGUGAAGUUAAGCGUCAUUUCAAUUCUUUUGCUUGGGUGUGUAUCUCUCAACAAUGCCAAGCACGGGAAAUUUUGGAAGAAAUUCUGACAAAACUCAUUUCUCCUACCAAUGAGCAAAGACAAGAAAUUGCAAAACUGAAGAUUGAUCAAAUAGCAGAGAGGCUUUGGAAUACACAAAGAGAAAGGAAAUGUUUGGUGGUGCUCGAUGACAUUUGGACCAGUGAUGCUUGGAGCUCUUUGCAAGCUGGAUUUCCAAUGAAUGAGGAAACUGAGAGUCGAAUUUUACUCAGUACUCGCAACACAGAAGUCGCUUUGUAUGCUGACAAAAAUGGUUUCCUCUUCGAACCACAGUCGUUGAAUGAUGAUGAAAGCUGGGAACUGUUUGAGAAGAUAGCAAUGUCUAGAACGGAAGAUACAAACCAUAAAAUUUAUGAACAUAAGAAAGAGCUAGGAACAGAGAUGCUUCAACAUUGCAAAGGUUUGCCACUAGCCAUCACGGUGCUUGCAGGACUUCUAGCUAGAAAAGACACAGUUGAUGAGUGGAAUACGGUGCAUAAGAAUGUUUAUGCAUAUAUAAGGAGAGGCACAGACCUUGGACCCGAUUACAAAGCUGUGGAGAUCAAGCAAACACCAAAUGGUAGAGUUCGAAGACUUGCCAUCUAUUUGGAUGAAAAGUCUGAGGUAUAUUGUCCGGGGAGAGAUGAAAAUUAUGGACAUGUUAGGUCUUUGUUAUAUUUUGUCUCAACAUACUUCUACCGCUACUGCUACUGGAACUCAAAGGUAUUACGAUUACUAUUAAGGGGCUUCACAUUGCUUAGAGUUUUGAAAUUUGAAGGUAUGGUUGUUGGAAAGCUACCGGGUGAAAUUGGGAAUCUAGUGCACUUAAUGUUUUUAAGUGUUAAGGAUAGUGAUAUUCUAGCGGUGCCAUCAUCUAUAACAAAUUUGGUAUGUUUGCAGACUUUGGAUUUACGUAGCAGUUAUGACUUUCUUAAAAUUCCAAAUCGAAAAGUGUUUUCCAAGAUGGAAAAAUUGAGACAUAUAUACUUACCCCCAUAUCACACUGCAAGAAAGAAACGUCUCUUAUUUGAGGCAGUGAAUUUGCACACGGUAGUCAAUAUGGGUAUUCCAGCAUCAUCAGAUCCAGAUGAUUUUGUUAAAUUAACCAACCUUAGAAAAUUGGGAGUUAUCACAUUUGACGGAGGGGAAAAAAAGGAGAAAGGGACAAACAUCAUAUUUAAGCAUCUCCACUCUCUAUCGGUGCGCUCUGCUUCCAAGGGUGUUGUACCAUGGAACAUCGUAUUAAGCUGUCCUAAGAUAUACAAGUUGCGACUACUCGGGCAUAUCACAGAGUUACGAGAAGACCUCCUGUGCCUUAGGAACCUCACAAAGCUUACACUGAGUGGAUUUGGUAAUCUCAAGGACAACCACAUAAAAGUAUUAGAGAAGCUGCCAAGCUUGAGAAUGCUUUUUGCUAAUUUCGGGAAUUUUCCGGCAUCUCUUGUUUGCUCAAAGGGAAGCUUUCCAUUUCUCAAAUUUCUUUCUCUUGAUUGGUUGAGUGAGUUCAAAGAAUGGAAGGUGGAGAAAGGAGCCAUGACUAGUCUCUGCAGAUUGCACAUUGAGUUUUGCCUACGUUUGGAGGCAGUUCCAGAUGGGCUCCAACAUAUUACUACCCUCAAGGAAUUAACCAUCAAAAGGAUGCUUCCUGAAUUCUGUAGCCGGCUUAAGGAAGGAGGAGAGGAUUUUUACAAAAUCCAACAUGUGCAGUCUGUUAGUAUAACAAGUCUGUUUCGCCAAUUAUGA